GAGAAGAAAACUUUAAUACAAACACCGAAAAAGGCAAGAUAAAAUUUAUGAGAAAAGGUGGAAAUUUCUCCAUUAUCAAUUUGCAGAAGUUUGUAAAUUUUACAGAUUUUAAUCCGUAAUUAAUAGAUUACAAUAAUUAUCUGUCCAAUUCCUUCGGAAGACACGCAAAAUACCUUCAAGAUGACGGUGAUGGAAUUUUUCGGGUGUUCCUUCCUGGCGUUUGGACCUCCGCUGGCCAUGUUCGCCAUCACCAUCGCCAAAGAUCCGAUCAGAAUCAUCAUCAUGAUCGCCAGCGCCUUUUUCUGGCUCGUCUCUCUGCUCCUGUCAUCCAUUCUGUGGUUUGUGGUGAUACCCCUGCGGACGGUGCUCGUCUUUGGUCUGGUGUUCUCGGUGUUUUUCCAAGAACUGUUCCGACUCCUGUUCUACAUGCUCCUGAGAAAGGCCGAGUUUGGCCUCAGAAGGGUGUCCGAAGAGGAGACGCACGUCACAAAUAAUCGACAGGUGCUAGCCUACGUCUCCGGGCUUGGCUUUGGUUUGAUGAGUGGAGCCUUUUCGUUGGUCGACGUCUUGGCCGACGCCACAGGUCCAGGCACGAUGGACCUGUACGACGGCUCGGAAUACUUUUUGGUCAUCUCGGCGGCCACCACCCUGUGCUUCAUCUUGCUUCACACCUUCUGGGGUGUCAUCUUCUUCUCCGCCCUGGACCACAAGGUCAUCUGGCAGGUGGUCUUUGUGGUUGCGGCCCAUCUGGUCACCUCCUGCAUCACCCUGCUCAACCAGAACCAGCACUACGUGCUCACCCUGGUUGGAAUUUACUUGAUUUUGAUCGUCACCACUAUCAUCACCUUCAAAGUGGCCGGCGGCUCGCUGAACAGUCUCAAGAGAGGCCUCAUGUGGCGGCCGGCAACCACCAUCAACGUGACUGCCAACUGAGCUUGGUCUUCUCCUAUUUUGUCUAAACUGAUUCGAACAAGACCAGCUUAAGUGAGUCAACCUUUUUUUUACUUUUUUAGAGAAUCGUUGUUCUCGUCGAUGUUUUACAAGUUCAGAUGUUUCAUUCCGAAGCCAAUAUUAAUUUUAGUCCUUGGAUUUUUGCCCUUCGUUUCGAGUGGCAAGAUCCUGAAGACUGAAUAACAUUUAAAGGUCCUCUACUUAUUUAUAAAUUAUUUCCAAAUUUCCAUUCCCGAUGACAGUAAUUAAAAAUGGUGUAACUUUUAUUGUGUAAUGAUUGCAAAUUUGAAGUGAUAAAAGCAUGAAUGACGAAUGGAUUUUUUGUAAAAAUAAAUUAUCAUUAUUUAUGUAUAAUAAAAAUCUCCAACUU